GGGGGGGGGGGGGGGUGCUCAGCUCCAGCCCCGAGGCUCGGAGCUCGCAGGGCAGAGGCCUGUUCCCCGCUUUAAGGGCUCAGCGGGCGCGGAGCGGCGUCUCCCGACCUCGGGCUGGGGGUGUCCGUCGCGGGUGGCGAACGGCCGGGCCCGGGGCCGGCGGGGAAACGGCAGCAGCGGCCCCGCGGGGGCGGCGGGAGCGGAGCGGGGCCUCCAGGCUGCCGGCAGCGCAGCGGAACGCGGGUUUGGGGGCGAGAGGUUUGAGCCGUAACAUCUGCCCGGGGCGUGUGGGAGCCGUUCGUGUUGAUGAUCUCCAGACACGGAUAAAUAACCUGAAAGAAUAAACCGUCUCUUAGAGUUGCAAGAAUUUAUCAGAUAAUUGGAUGGCUGAGUGAGAACUGGUUCUUCAGAAGAUUCAUGAUUGUGGCUGAGGAUCACAACAAAGCUAAAGAAAUGCAGGAACUGGAAAAGCAAUGGCACUCCAUAGUGCAGUCCCUCCAUAGCAAUUCAAAUGUUGUUGCAUUUAUGAAUUCUCGUGUUGGCCGAUAUUUAGAUGACCAUCCUUUUGUUGCACUAUCACUCCUGGUGUUUCUUGCAGUGUCUGCUAUUCCUGUUGCAUUUUUCCUGAUUUUUGUUGUUGUGACAGCCAUAAUGGCCUGUAUCGGUGUGAUAGUCAUGGAAGUUGUUGUAAUAGUCUUGGGUGGCAUAACCCUUCUUUGCGUGCUGUGUGGCCUGGGUGCGCUUUCAUUGGGAGUUUCUGGAAUACUGAGCAUUUGUUACGUUGCUGUUUCAACUCUGGUCAACUACUGGUGUGCUUCAAGGGGUCAGAUAAGGAAGCAAGAAGUUAAUGUAAGUUUGUCACAGAAGAGUCCUCCUGUCUCAGAUCGUUCUGCUAAUAACGAUGCUGAUAUUCUGUUUUAAUAAUAAUCUUUAAUAAUCUUUAAUAAAUAAUAAUUAAAUAAAUAAUCUUUAUUCUGCUAAUAAAGAAUGAAUAAGUUGUUUCUUCCGACUUCCUUUAUAGGCACUUAACUGUACUGCUUUGACAGUUGCAGUGUAAUAGUUUACUCAUUGAGCAUUCAACCUUUGUGCACUCCUUAAGGGAACUGGGGGAAAAAAAAUGUACCUCUUAUCAUCAUGCUAAAACUAAUACUAAGAAUAACCACUGGGCAGCAGCAGAUCAUGAUGUUGUCUAAGGGAAUGAUGGAGUGUUCCACAGAAUGUGGUAAAGGUGCAAGUGAUAAGUCGGUGACAGCUAGGUGAAAGAAAGUAGAUAAGUACUUGACUUUCCAUUUGUUACUGGAGUUUAAUGUGUACUCUCUCAAUAUUUGUAUGUAGCAUUUAGUCAUUUUGAGACACAAGCAUCAAAGCUCAGAACACUAGAAAUGUUUUGGAUACUAAAAUAUAUUUUUAAACCUUAACAGCCUUUGUUAAAAUAGCCUGAGUACACCACGCUAAUGCUUUCUGUUUAUUAUAGGAGACAAAUUGGGGUUUAUCAUAUGUUAAGUCAUGGUAUAAGCUUUUGUUUACCUUUAGAUGUUACAUUAUUCUGAAGGAAUAUUUUCCUUGUUGUCGUUGCCUCAUCACAUCAAUGUUAGGGCGGUUAGGGCUUGCACUUUGUUAUACUCUUUUAGUUAUUUAAAUUGCCUGGUUUGCUUUUUAGUUGCAACUUGUGUUAUUUAACUUUUUUCAUUUUUGCAAAUACUAGCAUAUUUUUAAGCAUUAAGAAAGUAUCCAACUGUAUUAGUUUAAUAAAAUGCCAUUUGUUUAA